AUGGAUCUGGAGGACUUGGACGACGAGACGAGGGACCGGAGAGGAUCGCAGAGCUGGAGCGAUGCGCCCUCAAGACCACAAUGCCCCGAGCAAGUCGGCAAGCAGGACGAGGAUGAAGGUGCAGCAGCUGGCGAAGGCGCGCGCAAGGACUCUGCGAAUCGCCACAUGGUGCCAUCUUCAGCAGCUUCCUUCCUCGCUGCUCACGCGACUCUACGCCUGCCACAAGCAGCCGUCACCACCUCACCUCUCCCAACGCCUCAGACUGCCCUCUCCGCCACCCCCGCCUCCAACACCGCUCCCUCCGCCGCUCUCUCCGCCACCGUCUUCGCCGCCAACACCUCGGCCGCCUCCUCGACCGCCUCCACGGCCACCUCCACGGCCACCUCCACCACCGCCUCCACCACCGCUCCCUCCGCAUCCGCCGCCGCCUCCACCGCCGCCGCCGCGCUCGGCAGCUGCUCGCCGGCGUCCGACCUGGUCUUCGCCAGAGCCUGCUGCGCCUUGUUGAUCCGCUCCUUCCGUCUCCGUGGUCUUCGGGUCCGUCUUCGCUGCUCCUAUUCCUCUCCUUCCUUCAGUCCACCAGUCCGCCAGUCCAGUCCCUCGCGUCCUCCAAGUCCUCCAGAUCCAUCAUAG